AGUACAAGGAAAGAUUACAUGAAUUCAUAAACAAAAGGCCGACAAUUUACAACGCGGUUUCCUUCCUUUAAAAAAGUCUAGCUUCUCUCCUACCUAGACGCUAGACCAGACCACACCACCACCACUGUUUUCUUUUCUACAACAACAACGUUAAAUAUAUCGAAUUAAACACACACACACAUAGAGACAAAGAGAGAGAGAGCUUUUAAUUUUUCAUUUCUCUUAGUUUGUUUGGUUUUUUGUUGAUCACAAAAAUGGGUUGCUGUGUGAGCAAGAGCACGGACUCUAAGGCUAGUAGGAUUGCACGGUGGCGAUCCACCGGCAUUGUUGCUCUCCGAGACUCCAAAUUGAAGGCGUUCCCAAAUGAAGUUUUCGAUCUGGAUAGAUCUGUACGGACUCUUGAUUUAACCCACAAUAAAAUAGUUGACAUACCUGUGGAUAUAAGCAAAUUAAUUAACAUGCAGCGCCUGAUCUUAGCUGAGAAUCUUGUCCAGCAACUACCUACAAACUUGGGGAAACUUCAGUCUCUAAAACUUAUGACACUUGAUGGAAAUCAAAUUACCUCCUUGCCUGAUGAAAUGGGACAGCUUGUGAGGCUUGAGCGGUUAUCCAUCUCUGGAAAUUUGUUAACAUGCUUGCCUGAGACUAUUGGGAGCUUGCGCAAUUUAUUGCUUUUAAAUGUAUCAAAUAACAAGUUGAAGUCUCUUCCAGAAUCAAUUGGGAGUUGUUUCUCUCUUGAAGAAUUACAAGCAAAUGAUAAUCUCAUUGAAGAUCUACCUGCAUCAAUCUGCAAUCUGAUUCACUUAAAAUCACUUUGCUUGGACAAUAAUAACGUGAACCAGAUACCUCUGAAUCUACUGAAAGACUGCAAAGUUCUGCAGAAUAUCUCCCUGCAUGGCAAUCCUAUUUCAAUGGAUCAAUUUCAGCAGAUGGAAGGAUUUCAAGAUUUUGAAGCAAGAAGAAAGAAGAAGUUUGACAAGCAAAUUGAUUCAAAUGUGAUGAUUGGGUCAAAAGGCCUUGAUGAGGGUGUUGAUCUAUGAAUGUCUUACAUCAGUGCUCCCUAAAAGAACUAGAGGGCAGGGUUUGAUCAGGUGGGGCCAUUUGAACGCGAAGGGCAGCCAUAAAUUCAUAAACAGCUUUCAUUGUAGCUUGGGAUAGACAAAUUUGGUAUAUACUUUUUUUAGGUCACAUUUGAAAUAAUGUCUCCAAACUCAGUUUUAUCAUUUUUGUAAAUGAGGGCUUGGCUUUGUAUAUGCCUGUCAUUUUGCAGGCUUGUAUAUGUAACAGGUACUUAGUAUUUAAAGAUCCUCCUUAGGUUGUUGUGGUUCCUGGGACUAUUUAGAUUACAUUUAUACAUGGAAUGAAAUGUGUUUGACACACAUAAUAUUUA